AUGUCUGCCAUUCCCGGUGUCACAAUACCUCCUUAUCCCCUCCACGAGUCCGUUAAAGACCUGCUGGAUCCCGAAUAUACCACCUUCUAUAACAAGUAUGUGAUCAACAAUCAGCAAGUUCAUCUGCAACCCGUUGCAGCAUCUCGGACCAGCGGUGUUCUGAUCCCAGGCGCGGGGCCAAUGUUGGAGGUGGGUAAAACCCAUGACCUUACAAUUGCGCGCCGGGAGACCGAGGGACCGCCAGUUGAGGUUCGCUGCUUCACACCCAAAGGUGAAGCACCAGCUGGCGGGUGGCCAGUCAUGCUUUAUUUCCACGGCGGUGGUUGGGUCCUGGGCAACAUUGACACCGAAAAUGUGGUGUGCUCCAACCUGUGCGUGCGUGGUAACUGUGUUGUGGUGACUGUUAAUUACCGUCUUGCCCCUGAAAACCCAUGGCCAGCUGCUGUUCACGAUUGUUGGGAGGUCCUGUUGUGGCUGGUGGACGAGGGCCCCGCCGCAUUGUCAAUCGACACGUCCAAAAUGGCAACAGGCGGGUCCUCGGCAGGAGGAAACUUGGCUGCAAUCAUGACCCACAAGGCAUUGGCCCUUUUCCCUCCUGUCCGCUUCUCCGCUCAAUUACUGUCAGUCCCAGUUACGGAUAAUACCGCGACCGUGGAGACGAAUGAGUCUUAUCGCCUUUACGAGCACACCCCCGCCCUAUCCGCCCUAAAGAUGCUUUGGUACCGGAAUCAUUACCUGCCGAACGCCGGCGAUUGGACAAACCCCGAGGCUAGUCCCUUGUUUUACGCCGGUAGCUGGUCUGAACUUCCCCCCGCAUUGGUCAUGGUGGGUGAGUUAGACGUGUUGCGGUCCGAAGGCGAGCAGUACGCCGAAAAGCUCCGGGAGGCAGGCGUGCCGGUGGACCUUCAGUUGAUGAAGGGCAUGCCGCAUCCAUUCUUGGCGAUGGAUGGGGUACUUUCCGAGGGAAAACGAUGUAUUACACUCAUGUGUGAUGCUUUGCAAAAGGCUUUCUGGAGCUAG